GGUUUUUUGAUAACAUGGCGCCACCAUGUGUUAGACAGAGGUAUUGCAGUACAGUGAACGUGAAACGUUUUAUAGCACAACGUGAUCCUUGAUCCCAAACAACUUCCAGCUCCCUACAUAAGUGCACUAAACAGCCUAUAACUAGUGAAUCAUAUUAGAUACACCCUGUGCAGUGGACUACAUAUUGACCCAGUAAAACAGUUGAGGAGUAGGAGCUACAAUAUCGCAUACUGAACAGUAAACAGUAGGCUGUAGUGAUUAUUACAGAGAGAGCAGAGCAGCAGUGAAACUCCAACUCUGUCUCUUCUUACUGCAGGUUGUUGUACAGCUACACUUAGUGCUGAGUCAGCGCUGCUAUCAACAUGGCGGCUCUGAUACAUGAGAGUGUGAAGAGUUAUUACAGCUCUCUGGAGUCGUCGGAUGCUUUGCAGACGAGUGCUGCUUGUUCUGCUUUCUCCCGGCCGCUGUCUCGGAGCGUACAACAAGCCCUCAAACACAUCCAUCCAGAGGUCUGCAAAAGGUUCUUCGGCUGUGGUCUGGUGGCUCCGGAGAAGCUGAAAGGAUGUUGGGUUCUGGAUUUGGGAAGCGGUUCGGGUCGGGACUGCUACGUCCUCAGCAAACUGGUGGGAGAAGAUGGACGUGUCACUGGCAUUGACAUGACUGAGGAUCUGAUACAAGCAUCAAGGAAGUACAUCGGAUACCACCAGGAGCGUUUUGGCUAUGCCAAGCCGAACACUGAGUUUGUUCAUGGAUAUAUGGAGAAGCUCAGUGAUGCCGGGAUACAGGACAACUCUCUGGACGUAGUCAUAUCGAACUGUGUGAUUUGUCUUUGUCCAGACAAGAGGGCCGUUCUAAGUGAAGCUUACAAAGUACUCAAGGUCGGGGGUGAACUUUACUUCAGUGAUAUGUAUGCGAGCGAGGUGGUCCCCGACUCGUUCAAACUGGAUCCAGUGCUUUGGGGUGAAGGAAUGGGCGGCGCCCUCUACUGGCAUGAUUUCAUCUCCAUCAUGAAGGAACUGGGCUUCAGCACGCCUCGUCUGGUCGCAGCUAGUCGUAUUGAAGUACACAACCCAGAGCUCCGAACGAAAGCAGGUGAUAUUAAAUAUGCCUCAGGGACCUACCGUGCCUUUAAAUUGCCCCAACAGUCCAUUCAAAGCAAAGCACUGGUCACGUACAAGGGGACGGUUCCGGACUGUGCCGAGUAUUUUGAGCUCGACGCCUCGAGCUCCUUUAAGGUAAAUGUGCCCGUAGAGGUGGAUGCAGAGACGGCAGCUAUCCUCCGGCACACACGUUUCACGCCAGACUUCAUCGUCCAGACGAAAGACGAGCCUGAUCCUAGCCUCGUUUCCGCUCGGCAGUACUGCCACCUGAGCCCGUUCCUGCUGGCAGACAGACUGGGAUCCUGUGUGAAGCAGUGCUCUAAGACGGGCGUCGCGGCCGGAAGCCGUGAGUAAUGAGGGAAAGCGCAUCGUGUUUGUUCACAGUGGGAUUAAAGGCUCUACAUCGAACAGAAACACAUUGGAUUCCAAAGUACAAAACUGAAGCCUUUGUAUGUUUUCUUUGUUUUGUUUUGUUUUGUUUUGUUUUUUCGUUGUGAUAUUUGACUGCAAAUGAUUUUUGUAUAUUAGAAUGAUGUCGCGAUAGGAAAAGUGGUUAAUGUUAAUACUCAGUAAUGGUCUAGAAUAGUACAUAAGUAUUUGAGAUACGACACCGGUUUAUUCAGUUGAAGUAGAUGGAUGGGGAUAUGUGUCCGUUUUUGUCGAAUUCCUAUGUGAAUCAUGAGCAUAGGGAUAGUGGAAAAAAAACCCCAAACAAAACAAAAACAGCAUGCGCAUGCUUCAUUUAAAUGUGGCUUUGAUUGAAUGCGAUGCCCAGUAACUUUCAAAAUAUAUAUACAUUUAAAUAUGUAUAAUAACUUUCAAUAUAUGAAAAUAUAUAAAUGAAACAAAGGUGAUUGACUCCAUUUGUAAAUCAAAGGACAGCACGUGGGGUCGUGACCCUAGUUUGGGAAUCCCUGAUCUAAUAGGAGUGUAGUAUAUGGCUAAUAUGUUGCUGCGUGAAUAAUCCUUGUUGUAAUUAUUGCAUUAAUAUUCAUCGCUGUAAAUUGGGUCCAAGUUAACGAAAUUCAAGUAAAAAAAAACAUUAUUCAGCAAGUGCUGUUGUUAUUCAAAUAGCACUUGAUCCAGUACAAUGUUGUUGUUGUUGUUGUUGUUGUUUAAAAGCAGGUUUUUUAAUAAAAGGAGCAGGAUGUGAAAUUCUGUAUGGCGCAGUGCUCAAAGAAAAACAGUCCACGUGUGGUUAUUAAACAUGUUAUGGUAUUCUUGAAUUGUUAAAUGAUCUUACACUGUAAAAAAAACAAAACAAAUAAACAACAACAACAAAGUCACUGUAAAUUUUACACUACGUUGUCAGUAAAGUUCAAUUCUGGAUUUACAAGGAUUGACAGUAAACAAAAAUAAAACAUAUUAAAAGUGAAGUACAGGACACGACUGAGCUGAAGUUUAAGGGUCUCCUGCAACAAUUGUAAGUUUUUCUUUUUCUUCUUCUUUUUAAUUUAUUUUUUUUUAAAUCAUCAGCUGAAUGAGCAAAUGUACUGGAUUGUGUGUUAUUUUAUACCGCGUAAGAGAUUACAGUACUUUAAAUAUGUUCCGUAGUUGUUUACUGUACAUUUUUACAGAACUUUACUGUAAAAAUUUACAGCCAGAUUUUUUUUUUUACACCAUACAGCUUUACACACGGUCUUUACAUAGACUAUUAUUUCAUGUAUAAUUCCCUGUUUAUAUAUUUAAUCGCACAAAUGCAGUUCCAUAAUUAUUUAAUAUAAUAAUAAUAAUAAUAAUAAUAAUAAUAAUUGUUAUUAAUAUUAUUUAUUGUCUCUAGAUGGCACUAAAGUUCUGUAAUUGGAAAGCUAUUUCUUCCAUCUGUUAGAGUAUUAUGAUGAACUCUAGAGCCUUAUAUCCUGAAGUGUGCAGUCAAGUAUAAAGAAAAUGAAUGAAAAAGGUGAUUUAAGUCACUCCACUCGAUCACCAGACCCUAAAGUGUAUAACUCUUUGAUGAACAUAGUCUUAUAGAAAGGUGAGGAUUUGCUUCAUUCGAGAUAACGAAGAAUGGCUAUCGAAGAAACACGUGAUAGACGUUUAAUAAUGUAUGGAUAAUUCAUCCGAGAGCGCUUCGGCGUGCGGUGUGUGUGUGCUGUGUAGCGCCGAUGUGUUCGAGAUUACACACCGAGGCAUGGCUUAGGCACAUUUGCGACGGAAAAUUACAAAUUCUACUUAUCUGCCAACUGGAUCAUAUAAGUUCAGCGUGUUAUUUAUUUUUUCCCCAGAGCUUUAUGGCUGGGUUUAAAUAGGGCCUCGUAUGAGCCGAACAAAAGAUUGCCUUGCUUGCAGAAAUGAGAAAGAAAGAAAAAAACAUCCCUGCCCGGUCCUAUGGGUCCGGAGAGGGAGUGGUGUGUCCGUGUGUGUGUGUGAGUGUGUGUGUGUGUGUGUGCGUGUGUGUGUGUAGGUUUUCAUAUCUUGAUGGGAACCAAAUGUCCCCACAAGGAUAGGAAUAUCAGACAGUUUUGUCCAUGUGGGGACGUUCUUCUAGUCCCCAUGAAGACGUUUUUGAAGA